AUGACAAGUAAUCCAAAGCAUUUGAAAGCAGAUUCGGAAUGUCCACCCUUGAAAGAAAAUCAGUUACGAUUAUACUCAAUGCGCUUUUGUCCAUUCGUCCGGCGAGCUAAACUUGUUCUGGCUGCCAAAAAUAUUGAUUUCGAAGAAGUACGUAUUAAUCUCGGAGAUCAACCUGAUUGGUAUUUGAAAAAGAAUCCAGCUGGUGAAGUUCCAUUGUUAGAAUGGAUCGAUAAGGAUUCAAAAGAAAUACGUUCAAUUCCCGAAUCAUUGGUGAUUUGUGAUUACCUGGACGAAUUAUAUCCACAAAAUCGUCUUCACCCAACUGAUCCGUAUCUUAAAGCACGACACCAAAUACUCACUAGUCGUUUUUCCAACGUAUAUUCAGAGUUUUACAAAGUAUUCGGAGAAUCCAAUGCCAAGAAUAUCGAAGAAUUGAAUCAGAGCCUCUCUGUUUAUGAACAACUACUUCAAAACAAAUUCUUCGGUGGAACAAAACCCGCAAUGAUAGAUUAUAUGAUUUGGCCAUGGUUCGAACUGAUGUCCAAUUUGACUGGUUAUGUCCUUAACGCUGAUGGAAAAUUACCGAAAUUAGCAGCUUGGGUCAAAGUCAUGGAUGCAGAUGAAGCCGUUCGAAAGCAUCGAGUACCUGAUGAAACCAUCAAGAAAUUUAUUGCUAGUCGACGAGCAGGCAAACCAGAUUUUGACGUUGAAUAG